CACUUGCAUUAAACCGAAUUCAACAACCUUAUUUUAGACGGGUUGGCUACAACUUCUAGUUAACAAAGAAGAAAUUCUAAACGUACAAAUGGAAGAAGACAUUACACAACUGGGAAAGUUACACAUGCCUUUUUCACUAUUCAAAGCAGCCAAGAGCACACUAUACAUUCAGGAAAUCAAAAAACAUGAUAUAUUAUUAUAUGUCGGUACAAGCCCAACAGUUCCCUACACUGACCAAAAAACAAAAAGAAAACCCAAAGGACUACAACUCCGAAAGAGAGCUGAAUUUCCACCACAAUACCUGAGCUCUAUCGAGAGCCUCAAAGUUUCAGAAACUUGCCGCCAGGCAUCAGAACACUACCAGUUUUGCCUAAAAAAUAAUCUAAUAGAUGCAAUAAAGUAGAUCCUAAUCGUGCCCUAAAUUAAGUCCACAGCAUUACUCAUACUAAACAUCAUUUCAAAUACCAACCUAACCAUGCCAAACCGUCGACUUCAUGUCAACAACCCAUUUACACGGAACUAAGCUUGGAGUUUAUUGUAGUCGUCUGUGCAUUGAAAAGCACCAUAUAGGUAACGGAAUCAUAUUUUUAGAUUUGAUCUGGAUAAUAAAGUAAAUUAUGCAAGGGAAAAGGAAAAUCAACAGCAAAACUUAAAACCUCAACAAAAGCAUACGAAUUAUCCAACUUUUCCCUGAUUUUAGUCAGCACAUAAGCAAGACUAUGGUAGCAAGCAUCGUACAGCAGCUGUAGACCAAAGAUCCACCGCCAAAAAAAAAAAGGAUUUUUUAAGUCAAAAAAGGAUUUUUUAAGUCAAAAAACUUUGUACAACAAAUAUAUAACCCUAUUUUCCAGUCUUCUGCCUGGAUCUCCAAGUACAGCAUGCAAGAAACAGGUGAUUCUGUAGAUCCAUCUGCUUCUAUAUUGUUUAGAUGAAUCUGUGGCUCUCUGCAACAAGUUAGCAGUUGUACAGUAACUAGAAAAUAGCAAGGUGAAAUGCUUAAACAGAUGUGUUUGACCUUCAGAGCGAACCAGAUAUAGCGAAGGCAAAUAUAGAGCAAUACAAGCAAGUAAUUCAACAACUAAUGGAAAGAAAAGUAAACUGAUGACUGCGAGGUAUAAUCAUCCAACUUCAAGGAC